UAAAUACCAAACCCACUAGAUCACUAAUCUCCUUGUAUAGUUGGUGAACUUUGCAUACAACUAUGAAGACCCUCUCAUCUUUCAUCAUCUUCGUCUUCCUCGUUUCGGCUGGGUUUCUUGCGGCUGAAGCAAGAAGAGAUCCAGGAGAGUAUUGGGACGCGAUGAUGAACGGUGAUCCCAUGCCGAAAGCAAUCACGGACCUUCUGUCCGUAAAUCAAGAUCCAUCAUCGUCUCCGAAGGAUAGAUUUGUCAGAGAUUUCGAUAUCAAACCUAAUCUUAUUAUAUACCACAGCCAUGUUGAUGUUUAUCCCAAGAAACACGAGGUUGUUGCCAAGGAUGUUCAGCAUAAGAAAACGUAGAUAGACAUAAUCAUUUUUAGCUCUCAUGCAUGUAUGUAUGCUAUUGUCAACUACAAUUAUUAUUAUUAUAUUUUGACAAGGAAAA